UUCUCUUGCAAGUGAAAGCAACCAGCCACAACAGUGACGCCGUCGCUGAUUUCCAUGCGCGAUUCACGUCGACCCGGCCACGUUAGAGCAUCAUGAUGCGGGAUCUCCCGAAGAAUUAAGCGACGAAACCAAUUUCCCCGUUCUCCGUCUCAUUCCGUGCAGUUAUGUCUAAGUGGCACUGCUGUAUUGCGCGAUGCCAGAGCUUUCAGCUUUCGUCCUCCUCUCGGUCUUGUUGAUAUCCUUCGAGGAUGGGUACGUGAACAGGGCGGAGGGUGGUUUGGUCCCCCCUGGCCCUACCCCACCGUUGGAGGACAAUGCCAGUCCCGCUGUUACAGAUGGAUCCGUCAGUAGACAGACGCUCAAGCCUCAAGAAUAUCAAGUUCACACGUCGCCCCUUAUCCCAUCAGCCCCUCCUCUGGCCCUGAGAGUCUGGGUGAAGGAUGCGUCCAGCCAGCGUUUCAUCGGAGGGGCGUCGGUGGAGGUGUUUGUGAACGGCACCCGGUCCGUGUCAGCCUUAACACAGGGCAAUGGCGAGGUGCUGCUCAAGGUGCCCUACGCGUUGGACCAGACCCUCAGCAUUGUGGCCAGCAUGGAGGGCUAUGUACACAAGCAGCUGCCCUGGAAGACCACCAAGAGGCCCGUAUUCUCCUCCGUGACUCUUGCUCUGCUGCCACAAACCCAAGGCAACAUCUGGCUUUUUGAAGACUCUGUGCUGAUUACCCAAAAAACAUCUGAAUACACGUCCCCACCCAGUGUGCUGUUUCCCAAAAGCCUGCUGGAGCUUCCUGACAACACCAACAUCUCCAUGCUUACCGCCUACUUGACGGUGCCACCCGUGGACAAGGACUGCCACCUGUGCACAACCGGUCUCCUUAGCAACCGCUCAGGCUUUAGGAGUGUGAGGCUCAGUCCGGUGGCCGGGAUCAGCACUCAGCUUCUGGCCAAUGGGAGAGAGCUUCCGGUCAGAGGGCCAAUCCAGAUCACCGUGCCUCUGCCCCACAGCACCCACUGGCGGGCGUCCAACUCCAUACCCGCCUGGGCUUUUGACAGGAAGACAGGCACUUGGCUGAAUAAAGGUCUGGGGACGGUGAAAAGAGACGGGGAUGCUCUCGUCUGGACAUACGGGGCGUCUCAACUCGGAGACUGGCUCGCUGCACCCAUACCCUCCCACAAUGGUUACACAGGCCACUCUCUGGACUACAUCUCAUAUCACACGUUCCUCCUCACGGGCUCCCUGGGAGGAACCCUGCUCAUUGCCAUUGGCCUUUUGUCUGUGCUCUUGUGUCACUGUAGACGCUCUUCACGAGCGGUGGUGAGGAGGCAGAACUCCUCCAGAGUGGUCCUGCAUAGGGACCAGACAACAUCCACCAGCUGCGAUGGAGAUGAGGUGUCACUGUAUCCCCACGACGACCGGACCUUCUCGCUGGCCACCAUGGCACAGCGUAACGCCUCCACCACGCCCAGGCACCAGGCCAACUACAACAUCUACGUGGAGGAUGUCGGCCACCCGUUCAAACUGUACGAGAACGUCGCCAGCAUGGGACAAGAGAGUGGCAUGCCAACGAUGCCAUCGGUCUACGUCAACAGCGAGGAGGUGGCGAGGCUGCUGUCUGACCAGAACCGGAUGGCCCCGGGCGCCGGUGAGAACUUGUUCAGAGACAAGCUUUUCCACAUUUACAACCAGCCAAUGGCCGUUGUCCCAGCACCAGAUCUCUUUGCCAGCCAUCCACCACCACCACAGGCAGAGCCCUCAGGCUGCAGGUCAGCCACAUUCCCGAGAAAUGGGGCAGAACAUGGAACACAGUCGGAGCGCAACUUAAAGGAUAGUUUCACUCAGACGCUUCCCAAGAACGCCCCACAGGACAGUGACGAGCAGCCGGUUCUGGAGGGCGCUCAGGGUUCGUCUGUCAACGCCGGAGUCUGGGGCCGCUACAACCACCUCCUGGAGUCAGUCUCCGUGCCAGGAACUCUGAACGAGGCAGUAGGGAUGGGGCCCUUCCGGGCCGAGCUCCAGGGUAUCUCAGAACAGACCCUGGUAGAGCUUUCCAAAGCUAAGCCAUCACCCCACCCGCCUAGAGCCUGGUUCGUCUCUCUGGAUGGCAAGCCUGCCGCCCAUGUGCGUCAUUCAGUCAUCGAGAUCCAAGGUCGUCGUCGCCCUGGCAGUAGCAACGACACCAGCUUGGACUCGGGGGUGGACAUGAACGAGCACCAGCAACCUCUUCUGAAAGUGGAGCGUGAGGGUCCAUCUCUCCCAGCCAUGCCCAGAGCAGGCAGGCCUCUUGGCCACGAGGAGCCUGACCUAAGCAGCAGUGAAAUCGGAAGCCCCGAGGACGGAGCCAUGAGGCACACCUUGGAAAGUAGCAGUGCAGCCUUGGCCAGCCUGUCGGAGGAGAGGGACAUGGGGGAUACAUCAAGUGAGUCCAGAGGCACCCCGCCACCUCGACGGCCUAGGAAGAUCCGAGACAAAGGCAGGCCAGACAAAAAGAGUGGUCGACAUGUCCGUGAGGGAAGGCCUCAAAUGAAACGCUAAGUUGAGCUAAAGGUCUGUCAAGCUGUAAACGAAACCAGGCUUUUGCCAUCUGAGCACAAGCAUCUGUUUGUUAUCAGUCUGCCAUGUUAUGUCACAUGGCAUUAUGAAAUGCAUCUCAAACAAUAUGACCAAAUUUAGUAUUUCUACAGUUUGGAGAACAUAUUUAUUAAAUGUGAAAUGAUAAAAAGGUUGCGGAGGGAAAAAAGCUUUUAUUCAUGCCAUUGAUUUGCUGUUUCUGACAGAUGUGGUUCCAUCACUUUGCUCUUGUUAUGAGAAAGCACAGCCUAACCUGCUUUUUUCUACUGUUCAAAGCUCUCAGUGCAAACACACCCGUUGCAACAUGUCCAAAAUCAAUCCAGACACUGAACAUAUUUAUAUCAAAAAGCACACCAAGGACAGGAAGUAAAUUGAGUCUGCAUAAGAAUUAAGCCACUAAGCAUUGAUUUACCACAACAACACAAGGGAAUGGGGCAAGAGCUUUGAUUUCGCACUGCCUGUUUACUUGAUGAGUUGUGUGUACUGAGCUGAGUGCUGUCCAUUUGGAUUUUUGUUGUUGUCAGUGGUGACUUUUGAUGCUUGUUGCAUUGUACAAAACCAAGAACCAGCUGUGAUGCUUUGCCUAUGGGUCUGUCAGAGAUUUCAAGGACUGUCAUUUUUGUAAAGUCUCUUUGUGUGAUUACUAAGGCAUUUAAGCUCCUGGUAAAAUUGCAAGUAUAGUUUGUGCCAAAUUUAGAAUGCCACUACUCAAGCUUAAUAUAAAAAAAGAACAAACACAAAUUUAUGAACCGGUGUACCAAACACUUGCAGAAACAAGAAUUGUCUAUUUUGUUAUCAAGUCAAGCUCAACUGGAUUUUCCAGAAACUGCCACUCAGAGAGAGAGAGAGAGAGAUAGAGAGAGAGAGCGAUAGAGAGAGAGUGUGAGAGCAAGAGGACAAGCACUGCAGGUUAUGACAGCAAGCUGCAGUUGUUUGGAAUUGCAGAAGCCUCGCUGGUCAAACAUGACGUUUGUCCGAAGCUAUGUGUGUAUAGCGGUUGUACAAAAUGUGCAUGCGUUCGCCGUGUCUGUCUUUGUAUGCCUCGUUGAUGAUGUGAGAAUGUUCGCAAGCGUGACGUCUCAGGUGAGAUGUGUUAUCUCAACCCAAGGCCUUCACCAAAAAACACUUAAUAUCCAAAUCAAGCUUCGCUAGUCAUCUACCAUGUGCAUUUAGCUUGUCACUUAUCAUGUGGUUGUGGACAAAGUGAUUGUUAUGUGUACGGUUUACUUCGCUUAAAAAAAAAAGAUAACUUAUAAUACCUUAUGACUCAUUUUUUGUUGUUUAUUAUCAUAUGUAUGAAAAGUCAUCCAAAGUAGAAAACAUUUCAAACCAUGUAUCAAGCUGGACUGGAACAAGCUCGAUCGAUAAACAGACUGAACAUUACCAUUUUAGUGCAACACACAUUGAUAGAAAGACAGCAAUGAACACUGUGUGAGCUAAACUAGUCCCUGCUUUGAAACUCAAGCGCAAGUAAACCUUCUCCCCUUCCCCCUCCCACCAAACACAUGUACAGGCACUGCCUUAGUAAAGACUGUGUUGAUAGGUAGGUAGACAUGCCUCGUUCUGAUCUUGUGCUCCACAUAUGUCUCCUCCCAUCUUUUUCCUUUAUGUGUAUAUACUUUGAUAGCUCUGAUAAUGAAAGGAGAUUUUUCCAUAAAUUCUGCAAAAAAAUACUGUGAAUUGAAAUUGCUGAACCUGCUUCCUAAACUUCAUACAUUUUCAGCAAAAGUCAGAAAAAAACAAGACUUACAACUCACGUCAACUAUGGAAACCAAGAAUCCUGGGAUAAUUUAUGUGCGUUCUACAUAAGGUCGAUGUACUAAUUAGUGAAUGGGGGCUGCUCUACAGAAAGCACUUAUUUCUGUAUUUUGGGCCAAAAGUAAAAUCCCAUUAUUUGACCCUACCCUCCCCUGAAACACAGUUGAUUAUCAAACUUUGGAUGAUGUGUGAACAAGAGAAAAUGAGAUGCAUGAUUGUAUAACGUGAAGGUAGUGUCUACUGAAUGUGCUCCAGUUAUCAUCACUUGAUUGUAAGAUAUUUUGUCCGACCUAUUUAUGUGUUUAUUUAUUCAUACAUUUAGGUAAAUCACACGACGCCUCUGUCAAAGUAGUUUGUGCAACGAUGAUCGUACAUUUCUUGUAUGUUUCACUUCUGCCUUUUGUGUAUUGUUCCAUUUGACAUUAAUAAAGUCACAAGCUAAAUAA